ACAGAGAGAGAAAGACAGAAAAUUAAGGCAGAGUUCAAACAACUACACCAGUUUUUGGAAGCACAAGAGCGCCACCUGCUGGCGAAACUAAAAGAUCUGGAUGAUCGGAUUGAGGUCAAGUGGAAUGCACACAUUGACAAACUUUCUGCAGAAAUUUCUGCUGUAGACCUCCUUAUCAAGGAAAUGGAGGAGAAACAGAAACAGCCAGCAAAUGAAUUCCUGCAG